AUGAUGCAGAUCAAUUUGAUUCGUGUUGGAGGAAGAAUUGGUUUAAUCGAUAUACCAUUUGAGUCGAAGCACCAAAUGAUAAUCUCGCCGAAACACUACAUUGCACGACUCAUAAUUCAACACAUUCAUCAUACAAACUUCCAUGUUGGACAAAACGCCACACUAGCACUAUCAAGACAAAAUAUUUGGAUUCCUACUGGAAAAUCUUAUGUGAAGAAUUUGAUAAAUGCAUGGACAUACUGCAAAUCAAAGAAAGUCAAGCCAAUGUCACCACUUAUGGGAGAUCUACCAAUCGAUCGUUUUGCUGUAGGUGAACCAUCAUUUAAUCGAUCAGGAGUAGAUUACUUUGGUCCGAUGAUUGUCAAGAGAAGUAAGAGGACAAGACCUUCAUCUGGAACCGUGAAAAGGUAUGGAGCAUUGUUUACCUGCAUGACGUCACGUGCCGUUCAUAUUGAGCUAGCUGGAGAUUUAUCGACAGAUAGUUUCAUCCUUGCACUUCGACGUUUUAUCUCAAGAAGAGGAAACCCCAAAACAAUCACCAGCGACAACGGAACCAACUUCGUCGGCGCAAAUCGUGAACUAAGAGAGCUGGUAACGAAUCUGAAUGAGACAAAACUUCGAAAAAAGUUAACAGAGAAUAGUAUCGAAUGGAAGUUCAACCCACCAUUUUCACCAUGGAUGAAUGGAGCGAUGGAAUCUAUGGUAAAAAUCACUAAACGAGCGUUGAAAGCGAUAGUUCGUGAUCGCGUUUUCACCGAAGAAGAGUUACGUACAUUCUUCACUGAAGUAGAAGCAACAAUCAAUAGCCGACCGUUGAUUUCUAGCAGCAGUGACGCAGAUGACUACCAAGCACUAACGCCAAAUCAUUUUCUCAUUGGAAGAGCGUCGCAAAAUACACCUGUAGAUUCUGUAUUUACAGACCUCGACGAUCCCAAAAGAUGGAGAGCCGUACAGGCUGCUUCAAAAAUGUUUUGGAAUAGAUGGAGAAAGGAAUACCUGCCUUCUUUGACAACACGUGCUAAAUGGAAUACAAACGACGACCAAAUUAAGGAAGAAGAUCUCGUGAUAGUUAGAGACCAGAACGUCUUAAAAAAUCAUUGGCCGCUGGGACUUGCGAAAAUCUUUCUUGGCUGCGAUGGCAUCAACAGGGCUGUAGAAGUGAAAACUGCUGACGGAAAUUACAUUCGUCCCAUCCGAUCACUUGCGUUACUGGAACGCAGUGCUAAAUGA